UGAGGCCGGUGCACCAUCUAGAGGUGAAUGCAGGCAAUUUCACUGUUUCAAAGACACAUUCAACAUGGCUGCUCCCUUGUAGACGUUUCUUGGGCUUGCUUUGUAUGAAGAAGCUGCAAACCAUGAGGGAGUUCAGCCACCAUGGAUGCCAAGGAAAUAGUCACCUGUGCCCUGCAGAUAGAGAAAGUCACUGCAAACAGAAGCUAUGGGAACAUCUUUACCCUCCUUGGUGACCUUGAUAAGACGCAGAUCACAACAGCACAGCUGGAAACGACGGACAUUGUCAGAGUUCUUUAUAGGGUCCUGAAAACCUGCUCUGAUGACAGCGUGAAGAAGAAAGUCAAGAGCUUGUUGUCCAAGUGGAAGAGACAAUACAGCAGAGAUACACGGGGAGUGAAAUGCACAGAGGAGAGCAAGGAGCCUGAGCUCUCUGGGAGGGUUUCUCCACCACAUGAGGCUGGGGAUGGAGGAGUUUCCAAGCAGGGGGAUUCCCACACUAGUUUAGCACAGACAUCUGACAGUGCGGGGGAGAAUGUGAAGGCCGCUGCAGAACAAAAAGCAUCAUCCGCAGUGGCAGAAGAUGGCCCCCAGACUCCUACUUUCACUGCAGAGAGGGCAUCUACAUCCUCUGAUUUACCACCUGUAAGAACCAAAUGUGUUCAGCUCCUCCUUGCGGCCCUCCGCCCUGAACCUCCUGAUCAGGACAUGGCUACACAGCUGGCUGGAGACAUCGAGCAGCACGUCCAUGAGCUCCACAAAUCCAAUCAAGUCAAAUACAAAACCUCGGUGAGGAGCAAGGUAUCCAAUUUGAGGAAUCCUAAAAACGGUCACCUACGCCAGGGCCUCCUGAGCGGCUCCCUGUCGCCUGAGGCCUUCGCCCGGAUGUCAGCAGAGGAGAUGGCCAGUGCAGAGCUCCGGCAGCUAAGAGAAGAGUACUCGUCCCGUGGUGUGAGCGAGAGGCAGCUCCCUCAAGAGAUAGAAGGGACGCAGACGCAGAAGAUUCGCUGCAAAAGGUGUGGAGAGUCGGACUGUAGGGUGACGCAGGUGUCAAGGGGUGCCCUUUUCUUGCCUGCGUGGGUGAGGCGUGGUGGCCCUGAUGAGGAUGCAAUGACUUUUGUGACCUGCAGCCAGUGUGGGCAGCAGUGGUACCACAGUGGCUGGGUCUGUCUCUAAAUCCAAGUGUCACGGUUGUGUAGAGCUUCAACUAACAAUUAUUUUCAUUAUUGAUUCAUCAGCAAAUUACAUUCUCAAUUAACUGAUUCGUUGUUUGGUCCAUAAAUGGUCAGAAAAUAGUGGGAAAUGUCAGUUUCCUUGUGUCCAAGUUUAUUUUGCUUGUUUUGUUUGAACAACAGUUCAAAACCCCCAAAUAUUCAGUCGCCGUGAGUUGUUUUAGCUCUUCUGUUGUGUAUCACUUUGUGAAACCACAUUUAAAUGGCUUUCCUAUUUCCACCAAAGCUGAAAGAUUUUUGUAUAGGCCGAGAAACUUUUAUAAGCAUUCUGGAAAGAGUUGAAAACAUUGUGGUCAAGGUUUAGCAGCUGCUUAAUUAGUUUUUUGAAUUUGUGAGAUAUUUUAAACCUACAAGUGCUGACGUGAGAGUCUUUCCUGCAGUGUGUUAAAUGCUUCAACCCUGAAACAGGAGGACUGGCGAGAGGAAUGCGGAGUGGAAACAGAGGACAGAGCAUUAGUGCAGGAUGGAGCAUAUACUUCUGGUUUAAACAAGAACUUUUUGGAAUUUCUGUGUUAUUUUUCAUGGCAGAACUUGGAAUUUUAAAGCCCAAAAUGGUGAUUACCUUUCAAAUGGAGGCAGAAAAGCCAAGUCAAUGCCUAUUGCAGCUGCAGCCUGAAACCACAACUUUUCAAGAAGUAGCUCUCGUCAUCUUCUUCCCACUGAAUCGUUUCAUGUGUCCUCCACUCUCUCUAAUAACCCAUCAGUUUAUCUUUCCUUACAGAAGCUCAUUUAGCUUCUUUUCCUGGCUUCUCUCUCUUACAUUUUCUGGUUAAGAAUAAUGUGUUGCCAGUAAGGUUAACCUUUCCCCUCACUAAUUUUCUUGAUCAUUAUGAUAAAAGUGUACUGUGUUGCACUUAUUGGAAGUCACUGGGGCUAUGAAUGCUGGGUAAAUUCCUUAAGAAAAAAGAAAAGACAGAAACCAUGCCCUUGGCCUUCUACAAUAUCCCAUUCAUUUGGAGCAAACUGGAUCCAGUGGAUGAGACAUGUGACCUUAGAAAACGGUGAGCAUGUGAGUCAGUAAUCUGCACUCCCAUGCAGCCGCAAGGGUGGAUAUCCCAUGGUGUUCGACUCUCUGUAAAGUCAUUCGACGUGGCACAAUGACUCAUUUACACAUCAUCGUACUCUCACACUAAUGGGCCUUUAUUGUACAGGCUGAAGGAUUUUAGAAAACUUUUAUUCUUAGUUGGUUUGUCUGUACCGGGUCUGUCUUUAAUCCGUAUCUGUCUUCUUCAAGUGGUGCUGUUCUUUGAUUUACUGGUUUUUAUCUGUAAACCAACAUACAUGCAGUGUACAUUAGU